AUGAUCACCCUGCGAUUCGGCUUGGUUGCCGCAAUCGGUUUGAUAACCGCGGAGAACUUCCAGUCGGCCAACGCGUGUUAUCCUUAUAAUGUGGUUCAGGAUGAUUGUAACAACGCAAUCGAAAAAAUUCAACUAGUAAACGAAAAACUGCCUGAGAAUGAAAACGAAAUAAGGGCUAUAUCGGGCACCUGUGCCGUCGUCGUCUGGAAUAAAAAAUGGAUUAAACAUGUCACCCGGGACCAAAUACGAGAAGCCGCUACUGAGCAUUUCAAGGGAUGUCCCGGCCAGGCUGGAAUAAUUCUUUUACCAAGCAACCAAGAACUCGCUUUAGAGUUCAAAAUCCGUGCCCCAGCUCUUUCACAAUGGGAAGCAUGGAAUGCGGAUGCCGAGUUCAAGAAGGCGUACUGCUUCCAGCCCGAAGACGAACUAGGUAUCGGCUCAAAAGAGGAUUGUAAGAUAGCCUAUAACACGGCCGUCCCGGUUAAUCCCCAAACCAAGUUUAUCUCUCGGACCUCAUGGUUCCAAGUGAAGUAUGGAUCAUGUAUGGUACGAUUUACCACCAGCGACGGAUCACCCAUUAGAAUGAAGAAGGAAGAUGCGGACCAGGCCAUCAUCGCGAUGUUUGACCAAUGUGAUAAGAUACCCGGUGCGGUGAAUCUGAACGGGGCUACAGGACCAAAUGGGAGACUCUUUGUCCGUACCAUGGCUACUAAGAAAAAGCGCCCCUCAUUACUCUUGAUUUAG